AGAUACUGGGAGGAGCAUAAAGGACUGCUGGGACAGCCCGGAUGCCCCUGCACUUUCCACUUGCAGCAAUGCAGAUGUAUUCCGCCGAAUAAAUGCCAUGCUGGACAACUCCUUGGAUUUUAGUGGAGUCUGCACCACUCCUGUCACAAAAAGCAGAUGUGACCUCCUGCCAGACUUCCAGGACUCUGAAGAACCAGUGGCAAGCAGGAUGCUUUUCCCAACGUCCACGCAAGAGUCUUCCCGUGGCCUCCCGGACACCAACGAUCUGUGCCUUGGCCUGCAGUCCCUCAACCUGACAGGGUGGGACAGACCCUGGAGCACCCAGGACUCUGAUGCUGCAGCACAAACCAGCACACAGUCCGUUCUCAGCAUGCUGAGUAACCCUCUGGGGAACGUCCUGGGGAAGCCCCCGCUGAGUUUCCUGCCUUUAGACCCUAUUGGUUCAGACCUGACAGAAAAGUUCUCCACGCCGUCGCUGAGGAGCUCCCGCCUGGACUCCCGUUCCCUCCUGGACUCCCGCUCCAGUAGCCCCUCAGACUCGGACACCAGUGGCUUCAGCUCUGGCUCUGACCACCUCUCUGACUUGAUUUCGAGCCUUCGCAUCUCCCCCCCUCUGUCCUUCCUGCCUCUCACUGGGGUGUCAAGAGAGCCCCUAAAGAUGGGAGUGGGAUCCCAGCUGGAUCAAGAUCAAGCUGCCCUGGCUGCAGUAAGUUCCUCCCCAGCCAGUGCAUCAAAAAGAUGGCCUGGAGCAUCUGCGUGGCCUUCCUGGGAUCUCUUGGACUCUCCAGAAGAUCCCUUCAGUAUUGAAAGAGAAGCCAGGCUUCAUAGGCAAGCUGCAGCCGUGAACGAAGCAACCUGCACCUGGAGUGGGCAGCUGCCUCCCCGAAACUACAAGAACCCUGUCUACUCCUGCAAAGUAUUCCUGGGAGGAGUCCCAUGGGACAUCACGGAAGCUGGAUUGAUCAACACUUUCCGUGUUUUUGGCUCCCUGAGUGUGGAGUGGCCCGGUAAGGAUGGCAAACACCCACGCUGCCCUCCCAAAGGAUAUGUCUACCUGGUGUUUGAGUCGGAGAAGUCUGUGCGUGCGCUGCUCCAGGCGUGCUCCCAGGACAUGCUGAGCCCUGAUGGGUACAGUGAGUACUACUUCAAGAUGUCCAGCCGCAGGAUGCGCUGCAAAGAGGUGCAGGUGAUCCCGUGGGUGUUGGCAGACAGCAACUUUGUGCGCAGCCCCUCGCAGCGACUCGACCCCAGCAAGACUGUGUUCGUGGGGGCUCUGCAUGGGAUGCUGAAUGCAGAGGCCCUGUCAUCUGUCAUGUGUGACCUGUUUGGAGGAGUGGUCUACGCUGGCAUCGACACGGACAAGCACAAGUAUCCUAUUGGGUCAGGCCGUGUCACCUUCAACAACCAGCGCAGCUACCUGAAGGCAGUGACGGCUGCGUUCGUGGAGAUCAAAACAACCAAGUUUACUAAGAAGGUUCAGAUUGACCCAUACCUGGAGGAUUCCAUGUGCCAAGUCUGCAGUGCUCAGCCUGGCCCUUUCUUCUGCAGAGACCAGAUCUGCUUCAAGUACUUCUGCCGCUCCUGCUGGCACUGGCAG